UGCAGACAAACAUAAUCCUACACAGGUUUGCGGUCACAAGGCAACCAGUCCUUCUCAUUGCAGUUUCUCCCAAUCUACAGCUCGGGCUCUUUUUCUUCUCUUACUUCCCGCCUCGAACCAAUCACAAUAAUGGUGGACCGUAUAACCGAAGACCAAACAGUUGAGUACAGAGAUGCUUUUGCUCUCUUUGACAAAAGGGGCGAUAACAAGAUUGACUCUGAUCAGAUCGGCGACGUAUUGAGGGCACUAGGACUAAAUCCGUCUGAAGCAGAAGUAAAAAAGAUUGUUCAAGAAGUUGAUCCGAAAGGUAACAAGAGGGUUACGUUUGAGGAGUUUCUCCCAUGCUUCCUCUCAUGCAGUCAGAAGAAGGAGCAGGGAUCAAUGGAGGAUUUCAUCGAGGGUCUUCGUGUCUUUGACAAAGAUGGAAACGGUUUCAUAAACUCUGCCGAACUACGCCACGUCCUUACAAGCCUUGGUGAAAAGUUGACAGACGAGGAAGUGGACACAUUGCUACAAGGAAUAGAGGAUGGGCAGGGCCAAGUAAAUUAUGAAGAAUUCGUAAAGAUGGUCAUGUCUGGGUAAAACUGAUGGCUCUAUCUGUCUCUCAAGAGUGUCAUUUAUUAUCCUCAAAGGACAUUUUAUGUGCAUUAGGUCUCUCGUUGUCAUUUAUUAGCUGGUACAUGCAAGACAUAAUAUUAUUUGAUAUUAUUAAAUUUGUAGCAUCAUAGUACACUUUGCUCAAUAACAAUCUUUUCAUUUUAA